GCGAACAUACUCUUGUUUACAUUCGAAAAUCGUGUUGUUUAUACACAUCUUUUGUUAGCGGUGACCCAAGAAAGCCUGAUCAUUAACCUGCUAUUCGCAAUAACUAAAGUGAGCUAGUAAACAGUAUAUAGGUUGAAGAAUCGCAUCGGUUGAUAGAUACAUAUGCUAGUAUUGGAAGCUCCAGCGCACUAAUUCCUAGACAGUAGGUAUAUAUAUGCGUCUGCUGUAUCUAUAGCAACAGGCGGAAGCUGUGUCGAAUGACCUUGAGGGAAAAUGAAAGUCAAGUUAUCGCGUCCUUAUGACCGCAAAAAUAAGAUUGCAGCAUCUGACCCUGUUAUUGGAUCGGGAAAUGGCUAGAAGAGGAUAGCUCAAGGUGUAUAAUCUUCUAAGGAUAAGAUUGAUUGUUUAGUUGUACCCAUAGCCAGGGUAGGACCUAUACAUUCCGGAUUUUCCAGCUCUUGUAAGAAUCGUCGUACGUGACGUCGAAUCUAUCCCGUAAAAAUGGGGUACAUGGACUUUUUCCAAAAAGAAUGGAAUUUUAGCCCGGCUUGGCUGAAGAAAGACCAAGAACAUCCUCAUGUUAGUAUACGAAGGAAGAGUUUAGCAAUAUCUGAAAAGGAGGAGGGUCCAGUCGACCCUAAACAAGUUCCUUGGUGGUCAUCAUGCCGUCUGCUCAUGUCGUUUGUUGGAUUCUUCGGGUUCAUCAACCUUUACGCUCUCCGUGUGGAGAUUAGUGUUGCCAUGGUUGCCAUGGUGAACCACACAGCAGUAGCUGAACUGCGCCAGCAGGAUAUCGAAAAUGGCCGAAUUAAGUCCAUGUUAUCCAACUCGAGCAACGAGUAUAGUAUCGCGAACUAUACUGUAGCAGGGAAUGGAAGUGUCUUUGAUAACGGUACAUUUGGAGAUAGGAUUCCAUGUCCAGGGGAAUUGACACAAAAAUCGUCGUCUGAUCGCGAGGGAGAGUUUGUGUGGACGAAAGAUAUACAAGGCCUAAUUUUAGGAGCAUUUUUCUGGGGUUACAUGGUGUCCCAUGUCCCCGGUGGUUUUUUAGCUCAGCGAUAUGGGGGUAAGCGAGUUCUUGGCUGGGCGAUGUUUAUUUGUAUGUGCGCCACUCUGCUCUCCCCGAUAGCGGCCCGGACUAGCUACAUCUUCCUCAUUGUACUGAGGGUUAUCAUUGGACUUGGCCAGGGAGUGGUGUGGCCAUCGAUGCAUUGUUUAUGGGCUCAUUGGGCACCGCCAUUGGAGCGUGGAAAAUUGACUGGAUUUUGUUACGCAGGCGCGUUCCUUGGAAAUGUAGUAGCGUUCCCAUUGUCUGGAGUCCUGUGCGAAUACGGUUUUGAUGGAGGUUGGCCAUCGGUCUUCUACUUCUUUAGUAUACUUACAUUUGUCUGGUUCAUAUUCUGGAAUAUCUUUGUAUUUGAUGCCCCCGAUCAGCAUCCCCGCAUCAAUAAGUUAGAGAAACGUUACAUCAUGAACUCACUAUGUGAUCAAGUAACAUUUGGAAAACAUCACGAGCACACCCCUACACCAUGGAAGGCUAUCGCUACGUCAAAGCCAUGCUGGGGAGCAUUCAUUGCGCAAUUUGCUGGAAACUGGGGAGCAUUUGCCUUUCUUACCAAUAUGCCCACCUAUAUGAAAGAUGUUCUGAAACUAGAUGUGAAAUCGAAUGGUCUUCUCUCUGCCAUCCCAUAUUUACUGUUUUGGGCGUUUGUUGUCACGUCUGGCCAGCUAAGCGAUCUACUGAGAGCCAAGAAGAUAUUGACAACAACUGGUGCUAGGAAAUUGUUCAAUACUAUCGGUGAAUUGGUACCUGCCAUUUGUAUCGUAAUCUUAGGACACAUCGACUGCCAUCACCCUAUUUUAGCGAUUGUUAUGUUGACGCUAGGUGUCAGCACUAUGGGUUGCCAAUAUGGCGCCGGAUUCGUAGUGAAUUAUAUUGAUUUUGCGCCUAAAUAUGCCCCUCUGUUGUUCGGUAUUGGUAAUGGCGUCGGUUGCAUACCAGGCUUUGUGUGCCCGUACCUUAUAGGAAUUCUCACCCCCGAUAAUACUCAAGAACAAUGGCAGGUUGUGUUCUAUAUCAAAGGAGCAAUCCUUCUCGUCGGAACCAUAGCCUAUUUGGCAUUUGGAUCUGGUGAACUCCAAGAUUGGGCAAAACACGAUCACGGCGAGCAUAGCAAAGACGAAGAAGGCCAAGAACUAAAUGAUGUAGCAGCCAAGGGGAAAGAUGUUGGCGCAGAAAAUGGAGGUGCAGGUGAACCAGAGAAAGAUCAGUUACUACACUUGAAAGGAGCAACAGAAAAGGAUCCUGCGGUUUAAUAAGAAACAAUGCGUUUUAUCGGCCUAACUAGACCAGGUGCAGUAGGAGAGAAGUCCCCAAAUGCAUCGAAAUAAUACUCUCCAUUCACCUCUUUGGAUGCCAGAUCAUCUGCACUAUCAUGGUGUAUUGAUAUAUUGCUUAUUUAUCGUAAACUUUUGGCGGACACAAAAAUUCUUGAUUUAAGAUUUCUUCUUGAAUUUCAUGACUUACAACUUAUAUUCUUCAAAAUUAACCUAAAUAUUUUAUUCCUACCGAAAAUAUCUAAGCAUUUUGGUUCAUUAGCCACAGGAAUAAGUCUGGCAGCAUGGGCAUUUGAAAACUAGCUUAUGCCAGGGUGAAUGGUAGGGGAGACCUCCAGAGAGAGAUUAUGUAA